CGGGUUAAGCUUCAGAGCAGGAUGUAGCGGUACGUCUUUGGACUGUUUUUUAAUUAAUUUUUUGCGUCACUGUGGCUGUCCGAGUUCCGUCUACCUUCUCACGUCGACGCUGUGAGUGGAUUUAGGGUGAUGGGCGUUUGGGGGACCGCCAUAAAAGCAGACUAACGUCCUAAAAAUGUCCAACAUCCUAAAUGCUGCGUCCAAAGUGAAAUGGGACCGCACGGCUGUAGCCAAGCGAGCUGUGUUUCUCGCGGCUGCUGCCUACGGCGUCAAAACCCUCUACCCGGUCAUCUGCAGGCAGCUGUUGAAAAAAAAAGCCGACAGACGGGCUGAAAACGGAUCUGCAUGUUCGUUUAAAUCCCGUGAUGACGCCGUGAAUCCAUCAAAGGCGUCCCCUGGGGUCAACGCCGAAUUCUUCAAGCAGAUCCUGGAACUUGCAAAAAUCCUUUUCCCCAAGCUGCUGUCCAAGGAGCUCGCUUUGCUCUCCUUGCACUCUGUGGCUCUAGUCUCCAGGACCUUCCUGUCCAUAUAUGUGGCCAGCUUGGACGGCAAGAUAGUGAAGACCAUUGUGGAGAAGCAACCGAGGAGCUUCAUCAUCCAGCUCAUCAAAUGGCUCCUCAUCGCCAUCCCUGCCACGUUUGUCAACAGCGCCAUCCGCUUCUUGGAGUGCAAGCUGGCCCUGGCCUUCCGCACCCGCCUGGUGAACUAUGCCUACCAGACCUACUUCACGGACCAGACCUACUACAGAGUCAGCAACAUGGACGGGAGGCUGGCCAACCCAGACCAGUCCCUCACGGAGGACGUGCUGAUGUUCUCUCAGUCGGUGGCCCAUCUCUACUCCAACCUCACCAAGCCCAUCUUGGACGUGGUGCUCACCUCCUACACGCUGAUCCGGACAGCUCGGUCCAGGGAUGCCAACGCCAGCGGGCCCACGCUGCUGGCCGGCUUGGUGGUCUUCGUCACCGCCAAGGUCCUCCGGGCAUGCUCUCCUAAAUUUGGGAAACUGGUGGCCGAGGAGGCACACAGGAAGGGAUACCUGCGCUACAUGCACUCCAGAAUCAUCGCCAACGCGGAGGAAAUCGCCUUCUACAGGGGACACAAGGUGGAGAUGCGCCAGCUCCAGAAGUGCUACGGCGCGCUGGCCGAGCAGAUGAACCUGAUCCUCUCCAAGCGCCUGUGGUACAUCAUGAUCGAGCAGUUCCUCAUGAAGUAUGUGUGGAGCAGCUGCGGCCUCGUCAUGGUGGCCGUGCCCAUCAUCACCGCCACUGGCUUUGCUGACAGUGAAACAGCUGAUGGGCACCCACAUCGGAGAGUGAGCGAGAGGACGGAGGCGUUCACCACCGCCCGGAACCUUUUGGCUUCUGGAGCCGACGCCAUUGAGAGGAUCAUGUCCUCCUACAAAGAGGUCACAGAGCUGGCAGGCUACACGGCGCGGGUCCACAACAUGUUUGUGGUGUUCGAGGAUGUCCAAAGGGGCGUUUACAAGCGCUCGUCGCUCACCGCCACCAACGGAGGCGAGAAGAAAAGCAAGCCAGACAUGCACAUUGAUGGCCCGCUGGAAAUUAAGGGUGAAGUAAUUGACGUGGACAACGGUAUUGUGUGUGAAAACGUCCCAAUUAUAACACCCAACGGGGACGUCGUCGUGUCCAGCCUCAAUGUUAAGGUGGAAGAGGGCAUGCAUCUAUUGAUCACGGGCCCCAACGGCUGUGGUAAAAGUUCCCUCUUCCGCAUCCUCAGCGGUUUGUGGCCCGUAUAUGGCGGGCGCCUCCACAAACCCUCCCCUCAGCAUAUGUUCUACAUCCCACAGAGGCCCUACAUGUCGAUGGGCUCCCUGCGGGACCAGGUGAUCUAUCCCGAUUUGGCCGAGGGCAUGGCCGCCAGAGGCCUCGGCGACAAGGACCUGGAGGCCAUCUUGGACAUCGUCAACCUCAACCACAUCGUCACCAGGGAAGGAGGCUGGGAUGCUGAGCUGGAUUGGAAGGAUGUGCUGUCCGGAGGCGAGAAGCAAAGGAUGGGCAUGGCUCGCAUGUUUUACCACAAGCCGAAAUACGCCCUGUUGGAUGAGUGCACCAGCGCCGUGAGCAUCGACGUGGAGGGUAAAAUUUUCCAGGCUGCUAAAGACGCCGGCAUCUCCCUGCUGUCCAUCACGCACAGACCCUCGCUGUGGAAGUACCACACGCACUUGCUGCAGUUCGACGGCGAGGGCGGCUGGCGCUUCGAGCAGCUGGACACGGCCACUCGCCUCUCGCUCACCGAGGAGAAGCAGCGGCUGGAGAGCCAGCUGGCCGGCAUCCCCGAGAUGCAGCAGCGCCUCAACGAGCUCUGCAAGAUUCUGGGCGACGACUCGGUGCUCAGAACCGUCCAUGAGUGACGGACGAGACGAGUUUGGUUUUAACCAUCGCCUCCCUCCCGGGCACUCCAUUUUAAACUUAUUUUAAUAUGAACAAAAGUCGUUUUUGAUCAAAAAGCCAGGCGGGGGUUGUUCAAUGGAGACACUUUAUAAUACUAACGCAAAUUGAACAUGACGACUGCGUGUACCCCCAAAUGAUAUAAGAAUUCAAAAGGCGGGAUGAGAUAAUGUUUUUUUAGCGUUCCCCUCUCUUUGUCAUCGGCCCCUCGUUGCCACAAGAUAGCACCGGAGCAAUAUUUUAUAUUAGACAUGGCUGUGGCCGGAGCACAAAAACAAUGAAUUUUGCAUCGAAUAACAGAGAACAAGCUUCUUUAAAGGCAAACUUGCAAUUGUCGAACCGUGACUAUGCGUGGAUUCGUUUUAUAUUGUCAGAAAAAAAUACACGAUGCAAGAAGGAUACACCUUGUGUAUUGUUUUAAAAUGAGAAUUUUUAUUUGUGCAGGGAUGUCAGAUAUGUGAUUGACACAAAGCUAAGGUAGGAAAGAGGCGCAAUUGGCUUACUCCAUUUUAUUUGUUCUUCUUUUUAAAUGAUAUGACAUAAUUUAAUUGCAGUUUUGCAUACCCCCAGCUACGGCUUGCUGACUCCUGGGGUUGUCCGAAUGCCACUUUGAGAACCACUGCUUUAAGCGACAGAAAAGAGCACAGCUAAGAGUAAAGGUAACGCUUUCCUCAAUUAAUAUUUUGUUUUAACAUAGCACUUUACAUGUUUUUUUUUGUUUUUUUUUAAGUACAAUCUACCAAUUUGAUUCAAGGAGUCGUUUUCACACUGUACUCUUUGCGGAAUUCUACAGAGCUAAUGUUUACCAUUUCUUUUUUAAUCUACUUCCUGCCUUUUUUUUUUUUGCGGGUGCAUUUUUCUUCCUUUCUCCUCUAUCUUACACACACACUCACAGAAGAAGAAAAAAAAAAAGCUCAACUCUAUUAUUGGAGCGAUUAAUGACGCAGGUCUGAACCCUGAACGGAGGGCUUUUUGGUUUACCGAACAAACACAAUGCGCGAAAGAGGCCCUCUCUGCUGCGCGAGCAGCUAAGUCUAGAGGUCCAGUUUGCAAAACAUGUCCUGCCGCUACCAAUUGUAGAGUCGGACUCUCCUUUCUCUGUUGGAAGCUGGACCCUUAAAAGUCAUGAAAAGUGGGGGAUAAAUUCGUACAGUGGCACUAAAGUAAAACUUUACAGCUCAGCUGUGUAUAUAUAACCAGCUAUCACCCUUGAGCACAAAAAGUUUGCUCCCCAACCCCACCCCUAUCUCAGCUCAAGCUGACCCCACAGUAAAUUUGACUUUUGUUCCAGGAAGCUGGAUUUCCCAGAAGGCUUCUGGUGCUGCUACAUGCCAGGGACAAAAACUGUCAUUUAGAGCAGUGUCACAAAACAGAUUAAAAAAACGACUCAUAAUAAUGCCAUAUUGCUGGUUAUGAUGGACAAUCAGUGGCAUCCUGAAUUCAGUUUAGUUUUAAAACCUAUGAAUUUAACAACUGCAAAUGCUGCUGUGCUCAGGAUAUUGCCUGCGAGUUUCAUUUCCCACACAAUGUGAUUUUUAUUGCCGUUUUCAUGCCACUGUGAGCUUCUAAUGCCAUGAUGCAACUGUAUUGAGGGUGUCAAUUUUUUUUGUUGGUAAUCAGCGGCUCAAUUAUUUCAAAAAGCAUCACACAAGGUCUCGGGUUGCCAUGGCAACAAGCUUCACAUGUUCUUGUCAGAGUCUGCCGAAAUGACAAGGACGCUGACUGAAUAAAUUCCGGAGAAAGAGUGUUUCAAUGCUGCUAAUCCAAUUAGUAGUUCAUCUAAUUAGUAGUUAGUGCUGGAAAAUUCACACUGCUACUAAUUAUAGGGAGAUUACGAUUUUUUUUUUUUUUUUUUUUGCAUGGAACCUCAUUGUUCUUUAUCCUUGCAGAAAACAAGUCAGGGCAUAACAAUCCAGAUAGUGUCGUCCCAUUGAAGAUUGAAUGUGUUCUUUUCAAAUUCCUAAUUAAUCCAGAUUUUGGUGUGUGUUUACCGUGCAUGUAGUGAUAAUUUAAUGGAUUCAUGAAUCAGGAUCGUCCAUCCAGUUUACCUCCUGAUCCCACUCUCGUGCAUGUGAUGGAGUUUACGUAUUUUCACCUUAAACUAGAGCAAAGAUGUAUUUUCUUGUAAAUAAAACAAUGUGGUGAAAAUAA